GAGCCCACUGGGAUUCUCUGUUGCUGCCAGUGUGAGAGUUGGAAAUGCUCUUGGUGCAGGAAAUCCAAAGCAGGCUGAGCUAUCGUGCAAAGUCUCUAUCAUCUGUGCAUUGGCAGUUGCCUGUUUGGUUGGGGCUUUGAUCAUCUCUACCAGAAAUGUCAUUGGCUACAUUUUCACCUCCGAGCAGACUUUGGACAGGACUCGUCAUUUGCCUCUUACUCCAGGUGAUAUUUUACGUCACUUUUUUGUGCAAACUUGAUUGGAAAAAGGCUUCAGAAGAUGCUCUUGUGAGAGCAGGGGUUCACGUCACAAAGGAAAAUGCAACAGCUGAGCUGGAACACUCAGAUUCACAUCAGAGUCAGGCCCAGGUCAGUGGAGCUGAGUCUGCGUGUUUGAGUGCUGAGGGAGGAAACACAGACCCAGCUGUAGCCGGUUCAGGCAGUAGAGCCUUCACCACCACCACCACCACAGUGGGAGAUGUUCUGUCUGUACCACAGCUGGCUGUAUGGCGUGGUUUGGCAUUAAUAAUCAUGAUGAUCAUCCUCCUUGCUGGAAUAAUCAUCAGUCACUUUCUAAUGAAGCUGUUAAAAUGAUAGGGCUGCUCAUCAGCUUGACCAUACUGAGAAUCUACUCCAGUCUUCAGCUCUGUGGAGCUUCCAGAAACGGUUUGAUUUCCUGGUCUGCAGCCCUCUCAUAUUUUCUUUACUACACACCAAAAGAGCGGAUGCUAACGUCAGGCCAAAUUUACAUUUAGAGUUUCUUGUAUCAGGUCCUGGGGCAAACCCCAAAGACUGUAUACAAAAGAUGGAUGAUGCUUUCAGGUCUGAAAUGUGAUGCUUAAAGUGUCUUACAUGUGCAUUCUCUAUAACAGCCAGCAGCAAGCAAUUCUUCUGCUUGUUCUGCUUGCCCCAGUGAACAUUUUCUCACCUGUGGCUCUGUCACAGGUGUUACAUCUUAUUAAAUACAACAUCAUGUUCACUUAGGAAAUUAUGGUCCCAUUAGCAUCGCAAAGGAAGAAGGCAGGUAUGUACUUCACUGUAUGAGCAUACAGUCUCACUUGGUUUCUUAGUGAGUCACCACUCAGUCCUUCUGUCAGCUUUCAAAACACGAAGAUUGCAAAGGCUAAAA